AUGGCAAGAAGACAAUUUUUUGCAUUGGAGAGACGAUUAACAAAAAAUCCGGAAUUAAAAACACAAUACUGCUCAUUCAUGGGGAAGUAUAAGGAACUGGGACACAUGGAGGAGGUCAAGGGGAAAUUCGGCGAAGGUUACUACAUGCCUCAUCAGGCGGUAGUAAGAGAAGCGAGUCUCACCUCUAAACUGCGCGUAGUAUUUAACGCAUCAGCAAAAAGCACCACGGGAAUCUCGUUAAAUGACGCAUUGAUGGUGGGACCAACCAUUCAAACAUCGCUUUUUUCUCUGAUCUUGCGCUUCAGGCAACAUCCAAUCGCUUUCAGUGCGGACAUUGAAAAGAUGUACCGCCAAUUUUGGAUCCACCCUGAAGAUAGGAAGUAUCAAAAAAUUCUGUGGAGAGACAAUCCAAACGAACCGUUGAAAACAUAUCAGCUGACGACGGUGACCUAUGGGACCUCGGCUGCACCAUUUCUGGCGGUUAGGACUCUCAAUCAGCUGGCUAUCGAUGAAGGGACAUCCUUUCCAUUGGCGGCUAAAACAUUAACAGAGGAUUUCUAUGUCGACGACAUGAUGACUGGAGAUGACACACUGGAUCAAGCAGAGCAACGAAAAAAUGAAUGGUCUUCAAAUCAUCCGGAUCUCAUCAAGGACAUUCAAGACGAGUCAAACGAUGGAUUAGUAAAAUUGGAUCCAGAAUCUUCAACCAAGGCCUUGGGAGUGUCCUGGAACUCACGGGAAGACGUGCUGAUAUUUGAAGUCAAACCUGCAAAAAAUCAAGAUAUUUUAACAAAAAAAACAAUGUUAUCUCAAAUUGCCCAGCUUUAUGACCCUUUGGGAAUUGUGGCCCCAGUCAUAACAUACGCAAAAAUCCAAAUGCAAAUUCUCUGGAAAUUAAACAUUCAAUGGGAUGAUCCAGUUCCGGAAAACAUCGUCCUUGAGUGGAACAAAUAUCAAGAAGAAUUACCAUCAUUAAAUCAUUGGAAAAUCCCAAGAACCAACCGUGACUCGGAUACUGAGGAGUUGCAGUUGCACGGAUUCGCUGAUGCAAGCGAAAAAGCGUACUGCGCGUGCAUCUAUUUACGAGCAUCGAAAGGACAGAAUCAUCGCGUAUUGUUACUUACCGCAAAAUCACGAGUAGCACCGAUAAAAACAGUCAGCUUGCCCAGAUUGGAACUUUGUGCAGCCGUGACCUUAGCAAAAUUAUUCAAGAGUGUCAAGGAGUCUCUAAGGGUGCAAAUCAAUCGCGAAGUAUUUUGGUCCGACUCGACAAUAGCCCUCAGCUGGAUUUCUUCUUCACCACAUGAAUUAAAAACUUUCGUAGCCAACAGAGUUGCAGAAAUCCAAAGCCUUACACCACAAGCGAAUUGGAAGCACGUGUCAUCAGAAGACAACCCCGCAGACUACGUAUCGCGAGGACAACUUCCGGGAGAAUUCGUAAAAAACGAGAUGUGGAAAUUCGGUCCCAAAUGGCUUUCGGAAUCUGAAUCCUGUUGGCCGGAGCAUCCUUUGAAAAAAAUCGAGAUACCAGAAAAACGAAGCCCCUCAAUCAUAUCGAUGAUGAUCAACAACCAACCCUGUGAAUUGUGGACGAAAUUCUCAUCUUGGACAAAGUUGCUACGCAUAAUGGCUCUUUGCAUUCGAUUCAUGAAAAAACUGCGGAAACAGUCGUGCUCUUCAGGAUUGCCAUCUCCGGACGAAUUAUCAGAAGCAAAAAAUCGGAUCCUUGGACUCGUUCAGCAAGAGGAAUUCUCUAAAGAAAUAAAAAAACUGACAAAAAACGAGAAUCUUCCAGGACAAUCGAAGCUCAUCAAAUUAAAUCCAAUCAUCGUUGACAAGCUGAUGAGAGUGGGUGGAAGGAUCAGGCACCCCGACUUGGAACUGCAACAAAAACAUCCUAUCCUUUUACCAAAAAACCAUCCUCUCACCACUUUAAUAAUCCGCGAAUUUCACGAAAAAUAUUUACAUGCAGGCGCAAAUGGAACCCUGUACGCGAUUAGAAAUGAAUUUUGGCCAAUAGACGGCAGACUCGCUGUUCGAAAGGUUCUGCAUAAUUGCGUGAGGUGUUUUCGCGUCAAACCGAAAGAAAUUAAUUAUCAAAUGGCCAAUCUACCAAAAUGGCACUUUUCCCCACCAAGAACUCCUCACUUUGGGGGCGUGUGGGAAGCGGCUGUGAAGUCGCUCAAACAUCAUUUAAAGAGAACAAUCGGUGAGACUCUGUUUACAUUCGAAGAAUUGAGCACAUACAUGUGUGAAAUCGAAGCGGUGCUCAAUUCGCGUCCGCUCACGCCAAUAUCGUCAGAUCCAAAUGAUCUACAAGCGUUGACUCCGGGCCAUUUUUUGAUAGGCGAUGCGCUAAUGACAAUCCCCACUUUGGAUUAUUCUCAGAUACCCGUCAAUCGACUUUCAACCUGGCAACAUAUGCAAAAAUUGAAGGUCGAUUUGUGGAAUCGUUGGCACCGUGAAUAUCUGAACGAACUUAAUGUGCGAGGUAAAUGGCAUACUGGUUCCCCGAACUUGAUAAAAAUUAGUACCCUCGUCGUUGUACACGAAGAUAAUGUGCCACCAAUGCGCUGGAAAUUAGGUAGAGUGCUUGAAACUCAUCCAGGUAACGACGGCGUCAUUCGCGUGGUUACUGUCAAAACUGAAAAUGGAAUUGUAAAGCGAGGCGUAAAAAAGAUUUCGCCGCUUCCGAUUGCGGAUUAA